UUAGUAAAUUCUCUUACUCGGUUGAUAUCUCGUUGACAUUUCCAAGUUGCCGGUUGUUUAAGUUAAAAAUAAAAAAGUGAUAAAAAACAGUGAAUAAUGGUUAGGGUUAAAUAUUUGUCAAUUGUGUUUCCAGUAUUGCUGACUUUGUUAGGAACAAACGCUCAACAAACCAAAAAGUUCUUUCGGAAAGAUUACACCUAUCUUACAACAACUGAAGCAUUCUACAAAAUUCAUACUAUCGGCAGAACAUGGUCAGAAGCUAAACAGAGAUGUGAAAUGGAAGGAGCCAGCCUGUUCUACGCAGGGUCUGAUGAUGAAGCCAAUGACGUUAUUAGCUGGUGGAACCAAACACAACCCUUUUUCGCCCUCUGGGUUGGAAUAACGGAUUUUUUGGUUAUGGAUGUUUAUGAGACUAUUGAUUGCCGCCCAAUUCUAGAAGUGUACAGCAACUGGGGUCCUGGCGAGCCAAACAACGCCGGCGGCGUGGAAGACUGCGUACAACUGUACCGCAACGGAAAUCUUAAUGACGAUAACUGUGGCAAGAAGUAUCCGUUCAUCUGCAGGAAGACUUUGGAAUCCCUGCAAUGGAACACCGAGUGUAACUUGCCUGAUACGGAUUACAUUUACAAUGAGGCAUUAGAAGCAUGCUACAAGUUCCACAUAGACCCGAAGAAUUGGACAGAAGCUGUCACCGUUUGCAACGCUGAGCAGUCGUACCUGGCCGUCAUUAACAGCCAAAUGGAAGCCGACUAUCUGGUCAAAUUGACCGAGGAUGCGAAGAAGGAUAAAGUAUCCGGGUUGAGCGUGACCGGUGCGGUGUCUCUGGGCUUCCAUAAUAGGGAUGGUGGUGGAUGGAAGACUAUUAAAUGCUCGCCUCUCGAAGACUGUGGGUACGCAGAAUGGGGUAACCAGCAACCCGAUGGGGGGACCAACGAUACCUGUGGUUCCAUGUUCUACAAUGGCCGCCUGAACGAUGUGGCCUGUCACCAUAAGCUGUUCUACAUCUGCGAACAUGAUGUUAGAAAUAAGACUCUCAGCGAGCCCCUAGACGAAGCUUUUAAUCAAUAUACUACCUAAUAUUAAUUUAUUUA